GGCUUCAUAUGGUUAGAUGCAGAUGCUGAAGCACUCAUGGGAGUCACUCUUUUGCUGCUCUGCCUUAAGGUGUUUCUGUUCCCUAAUGUCUGCUCACAAACUGGGUCCUCUCAGUACCUCAGUUCUCCAGAAGUGGUCAUCCCCCUCAAGGUGACCAGCAGGGCCAGAAAUGCAAAAAAUUCAGGAUGGCUCUCCUACAGCUUGAUAUUUGGGGGCCAAAGACAUGUUGUCCACAUGAGAGUCAAGAAUCUGUUGCUUUCUACUCACUUCUCUGUGCUCUCCUACACAGAAGAAUAUGCCAUUCUCAAGGAGUACCCCUUUGCCCCUAGUGACUGUUACUAUCAUGGUUUUGUAGAGGGAGUCCCUGAGUCUUUAGUUGCUUUCAGUGCCUGCAAUGGGGGGUUUCAGGGAGUGUUACAAAUGAAUGGCUUCUCCUAUGAAAUCGAACCCAUCAGGCACUCUAGAACAUUUGAACAUCUAAUUUAUACAUUAAACAACAAGAUGCAAUUUCCACCUAUGAUGUGUGGUUUAACAGAGAAGAUGAUGACAUACCAACACUUUGGACUUGGAGAUGCUGAGAUGACAGCUGUGAAGCAAAAUUCUGGAAAAUUGUGGACCCGCACAUGGUUCCUGGAGUUGGCUGUAGUGGUAGACUAUGGCUUCUACACUUACUCUCAAGGCAACUUGUCAAAGGUGCAAGAGGAUGUUGUUCUCAUUGUUAACAUGGUGGAUUCCAUGUACAAGCAGCUGGAUACCUAUGUUACUUUGAUUGGCAUUGAGAUCUGGAAUCGAGGAAAUGCCUUCCCAAUGGAAAGCAUACAUCAGGUCUUAGAAGACUUUUCUCAGUGGAAACAAAUCAGUCUUUCUCAGGUACCUCAUGAUGCAGCCCAUAUUUUCAUUAGAAGCUCACUUAUAACUGUACUUGGUAUAGCCUAUGUUGCAGGAAUAUGCCAUCCUCCUCUUGACUGUGGGGUUGAAAAUUUUCAAGGAGACUCCUGGUCUCUUUUUGCCAACACUGUGGCUCAUGAGUUAGGCCACACUUUUGGCAUGCAGCACGAUGAAGAAUUCUGUUCUUGUGGGGAAAGAGGUUGUGUCAUGAGUACUUUCAGAGUACCAGCAGAGAGAUUCACCAACUGCAGCUAUAUCGAUUUUAUGAAAACUACUUUAAACCAAGGAACUUGUUUGCACGAUCAUCCUAGACCAGGGCCAGUUUUUCUGGUGAAGCGCUGUGGGAAUGGCAUGGUUGAAAAAGAAGAGGAGUGUGAUUGUGGAUCUGUUCACGAGUGUGAACAAGAUCCCUGUUGUUUGUUGAACUGUAACCUGAGGCCUGGGGCUGCCUGUGCUUUUGGGCUUUGUUGCAAACACUGCAAACUCAUGAUGUCAGGGGAACUCUGUAGACCAAAGGUCAAUGAAUGUGACCUUCCAGAGUGGUGCAAUGGUACAUCCCACCAGUGCCCAGAAGAUGGCUAUGUACAGAAUGGGGUCUCCUGUGGUGUCAGUUCCUACUGCUAUCAAAAGCAGUGUAAUAACCAUGACCAGCAAUGCAGGGAGAUUUUUGGUAAAGGUGCAAGAAGUGCAUCUCAUGACUGUUACAGAGAAAUGAACUCUCAGGGAAACAGGUUUGGCCACUGUGGCACAAAUGGAACAGUCUACCUAAAAUGUAGAAUGUCAGAUAUAUUUUGUGGGAAAGUCCAGUGUGAAAAUGUGGAAGACAUUCUCCAUCUCCAGGCUCAUUCUGUUUUGCAGAACAUUUAUGCCAAUGGUGUCACCUGCUGGAGUGCUGACCAUCAUCUAGGGAUGGACGUACCUGAUGUUGGUGAAGUGAAAGAUGGCACCACCUGUGGAACAGGAAAGAUCUGCGUACACAAGAAGUGUAUAAGUUUGUCUGUCCUUUCAAAUGCCUGCCUUCCUGAGACCUGUAAUAGGAAGGGGAUCUGUAAUAACAAGCAUCACUGCCAUUGUGACUAUGGGUGGUCCCUGCCUUUCUGCCUGCACAGGGGCUAUGGAGGUAGUGUUGACAGUGGUCCAACAUCUCCCAAAAGAAGAGUCAGUAUUAUUCAAUUGUCAAUAAUUGUGACUGUUUUGUCUUUUCUCACUUGUCUGAUAACUGCCAGACUGUAUAUACUAUAUCAUUGAAUACCUUCUGGUCCCAA